CCCAAAGUCAUGGCCGGUGCUUCCGUACCUCACGCAGCUUUUGCGGCAUUCUUUCAGCCCGCCCCUCCUACGCCCGUUCCGCAGUACCAACCCGGCGAACCUAUCUCUCCACUCCGCAAGACGUGCGAGCGAGUGGGUAAGUGGACGAAGCGUCGUUGCUGGAUACGCGAGGCAAUGAGCGCGAAGGUCAGGGGCAAGAAAGGGAAGAAGGCGCCCGCGAUUCACUCCUCUACGCGCUACCACGGGGGCUCGGGCGAAUCCGAGGUGGGACCCUCGUACAGCGCGUAUGAGCUCGCAGAUUACUCGUGGGCGUCGGACGAGCCCUUCCUCAACGUUGAGCCAACCCGCAGCGUCAACAAUCCCUCAACCCCCGAUCGAGGAGGCGCUAUGACUCCCUCUCCUGCGUCUCCGGAUCUUUUAGCGCUCUCGGGUGUUAACAUGAGUCCGUUCGCGCUCCUGUCCAGGGAUCCGACUCGUCUCUGGCCAACGACCUUCAUACAACCCCGCGUGCACUCUUCCGGUCCGUUCGUCGACAUGCCUGUGCUUUUCGAGAGCGACGACUCCGACGAUGGCUCCGACGAUAUCACCACCACCAGCGAUAGCUCGGAGGACUACCAUAGGUUUCUUCCUUCCGGCACUUCGAAGCCCGAAGACAAGACGACAAGCGCGGUGAGGACGCUCCUACGGCUUGUGCAUCCUUCUCCGUCUCGGGUGUCGGACGGCACACCAUACCUUCCGGCUUUCGAUGCGGCUCAGACGGGCGCGUUUUCGUGUGGGACGAAGACGCACCUGGAUGUCGCGGAAGCGGUGCCUAGGGGCCAUAUGAGGAGGUCACCUGGGACACGGAACUUGUCCAUGUGUGUUCCGACGAGCAGCGGUCCGCUCUCUGGCUCGAACGCGCGUCUUACUCACGGUGUCGGUCUGGGUGUUAGCGUCCUUAACGCCGACGUCCCUCAAGGUGUCUCGUCGUCAUCUGACUCGACGACAUCUGAUCCCCGGGUCUUCGUCGUCAACCUGGCCAGCGACACCGACUCUUCGACGACAAUCAGCUCUGCGAUGCGCGGAUCGGGGUCGUCCGCGCUCAGCUUCUUGGCUCUUGUUGAUUCUCCUCCGGCGGUUUCUCCGGCCUCUCCACCAUCUGUGUCUGCAUUACAUCGACUCCUAUCAUCUCACUACGUUCCUGAUCCUGCGGCGCGCGCGAUCCCGCCGAGAGGGACUGUUGCACGCUCGGAUGAUGCCCACGUCCACACUGAUGGCGCGGUUGAUAACCGUAUCCAUGACGAGGGCCUGGAAUGGAGUGUCUUGUUCGAGUUCGACAGCGAGGAAGAUGGCCACUGCUACAUGGCUGCUUCGAGUUCUCGCGCGGCUAGCGUCCGUCUGCAGGCGACGGGUGCCUCGAGGUCUUUGGCUGCCAGGUCUACCGGCGCCGAUAGUCGCCCGAGUUUGUGCCCGACGGAUAGCUGCAUGGAGUAUUAG